CUGUUCGGAGCAGUGAGCGUCUCCGCUGCCCCUCCUUCCUGCUCCGAGUGAAAACUGAGAUAGUGAGGAAAAAGCAACGGGAGGAAAGACCAUGGAGGGAGAAAGCUGGAUGUAUUAGCUACUUUGCUACUUUAGGGGACUUCUUUCAUUCUUUCUUUUUGCCAGCACAAAUCAAAGCGCCUCGAUGUGGCGAUAUCCGGUGUGUAUUUUAUGUGCUUGGAAAACGUCGUAAAUCUUCCCGACGUUCAAACAUUCAACGAGAGUCUUGCCGCGGACGGUUAGCACGACCCGACCAGAGUUGUUAGCCUUCUCCGGCUAGUUUAGCCUGCCUCAGCUAGCAAGAGAGGACAAAAACAGGCUAGUGGAAAAGGAGUUAAUGCUACAAGUGGCGCUGCGGCGUAAAGUAACUAGUAAUGUUGCCUCCUGGGAUUAACUUCAGAUACGGAUGAGAAAGAGAUUGGCGACUGGGGAACACCGAGAACAACUGCGAGCCAGAGGACCACUGCUAUGUUGGGGUUGAUUCACGGCUCUGGCAGCCCGUCUGAGUCCCGAGGUUGGCCACACUCGGUGCUGUGGAGGCUUGGGGGCUUCUUCUUCCUUCUGCUGCUGGAAGGGGCCGGCUGCCUCGCUAGCCCGAGCAGCACUUCAUUCGUCAACAAUAACAACCACCCUAGUGUCAACAUAUACAUGAGUGUGGAGGAAGUGAAGAAGCUUUUGGGCCUAGAUGCAGAGCUUUACUAUGUGCGAGAUGAUGUGGUGAAUCAUUAUGCGCUCUCCUUCACCCUUCCCGUGCCCAGUGAAACCAACAGCCUUCACUUCACAUGGCAUUCCAAGACAAAAGUUGACUACCGGCUUGGCUUCUACGUGGAAAACCCUGUUGCCAUGAACCAACCAAGGAGCAACAUCUCCAGUCAAGGGGAGGUGCCCCGUGUUCCCUCUGUCUUUAGAGUGGACCUCUUUUGUUCUGGCAAGGUAGAUGGAGAGGCUGUUUUGACAGUACAGCUCAAUCUGACCAUCCAUGCCAACAACUACACAGUGCUCAACUUCAAGAGGAGGAAAAUGUGCUAUAAGAAUUCUGACCCAAAGAUUCUCAUUCCCCUCAACAAUAAUACUGUUCAACGGCCUGACUUAGACGGUGUGACCACCCCCACCAGCUCCACUCAGGUGUUCUAUAUAAGCGUGAGCGUCUGCUGCAUUGUCAUCUUCCUCGUGGCUAUCAUCCUGGCCAUCCUGCAUCUGCACAGCAUGAAGAGAGUAGAGAGCGAGGACAGUGUGAGUGACAGUGGGAGCUCGCAGGGCUUGUCUCAGCCAUCCACCCAGACCACACAGUACCUGAGGGCUGACACUCCAAACAACGCAGCCCCUGUCACAAACAAUCACCCUGGUUCUGCACCCAUACUCCAGCUUGCUGCCUCCUCCUUCCAAAACCCUGGUGCUCCCCCCCAUGAAACCAAAAGCUACCCAUCUCUCCGCAUUGAGAAGAACGACCUGAGGAGCGUUACUCUAAUGGAGGCCAAGGCUAAAGUAAAAGACAUUGCCAUCUCAAGGGAGAGAGUCACACUACGAGACGUCUUGCAUGAAGGCACGUUUGGCCGCAUCUUCCAUGGUGUGCUGCUGGAUGAAAAGGACCCAAGUAAGGAAAAGGAGGUCUUUGUGAAGACAGUGAAAGAUCAUGCGUCUGAGGUGCAGGUGACCAUGAUGUUGACUGAAAGUUGCAAACUCCGUGGACUUCAUCAUAGAAAUCUAUUGCCCAUAAGUCAUGUGUGUACGGAGGACGGAGAAAAGCCAAUGGUGCUGUUGCCUUUCAUGGCUUGGGGGAAUCUCAAGCUGUUCCUGCGGCAGUGCAAGCUAGCUGAGGCUAACAACCCACAGGCGAUCUCUCAACAAGACUUGGUUUAUAUGGCCAUCCAGAUUGCAUGUGGAAUGAGCUACCUGGCUCGCAGGGAGGUCAUACACAAAGAUCUCGCCGCCAGGAACUGUGUCAUUGAUGACAACAUGCAGGUGAAGAUUACAGACAAUGCCCUUGCUCGAGACCUAUUUCCUAUGGAUUACCACUGUCUAGGGGAUAAUGAGAACCGGCCUGUUCGCUGGAUGGCCCUGGAAAGCUUGCUCAACAAUGACUUCUCUAGUGCAAGUGAUGUGUGGGCCUUUGGAGUGACCCUGUGGGAACUGAUGACUCUGGGUCAAACCCCCUACGUCGACAUCGACCCUUUUGAGAUGUCGGCCUACCUGAAGGAUGGCUACAGAAUAGCACAACCUAUCAACUGUCCAGAUGAACUGUUUGCAGUCAUGGCUUGUUGCUGGGCACUGGACCCAGAGGAGAGGCCCAAGUUUCAGCAGCUUGUUCAGUGUCUCACAGAGUUCCACGCAGCGUUGGGGGCUUACGUUUGAAAGCAAGCUUUUUUGUUUUUGUUUUUUUCUUCAAGAAGAGCAACUUUAAAAGCUGGUGGACCCUAUUCAUAAGGAAUACAUGUAGGAAAUUGUGCCUUAUCAGAUGACAGAGCAGGCCUGCGCCCAAUGAUUUUAUUUUGUACAGUCUUUUGGAGUUUUUAUAUAGAUGAAUUACCUUUUUACAGCAUAGCAAAGUAAAAGGAAUCCUUGUUGAAUAUUGUUUCAUAUGCUUUGAAAGCGUCUAGAAAUGGUAAUUGCGGUGCUUCACCCUUGCCAAGAGGACUGGAACUGUGGAAAGAUGUCCUCAUCUGUACAGAACAUCAACACUUAUGGAUUUUUUGUGCCAUGGAACAUUUUUUUAAAGAUUCUGACAACCUGGAUAUAAGACAGUAUUUUCUACAGUUUUGUUACUUAGUGACACAGUGUAAAUUGUAGAUGUGCUUUGGAUGACAGUAACUACAGCAGACUGAUUUAGGUACCAAAGUAGACAUAAGGGCUUAAUUUGUGUAUGAAACUGUCAAGCAUGCUGCCUCACUCGAGCUUGGUACGAGAGACUUCUUGGAAACCAGAGUUGUGUUUGUUGAGAUGAUUUCUGACACCUCUUCAAAUGGUACACCGUUUUCUCUGGAUGACACUAACAACGUGAUGCAGCGUGGAGCAGAUAUGUGGACACCACAGCUCCUACAGUAUAAGCACCACACAGCUUCUUAUGUAACGUGAUUUUUAGAACAACACCCGGAGUGAAUUUUGGGCACUGUUGUCAUUAUUUGAAUGCCACAAUAUUCUUUCUCUUUUGUAUAUUUUAUUUCCACUAUCACAUUCUCCAGACAAAAUUAUCCUAAUGUCUCUAUUUUCUAAGCUUGAUUGUUCUGCGUCAGAACACAGCCCCUCACAGGAGUUUGCGACUGAUUUCUUUCGAGUAACUAAACACUAAUAAUCACUGUGAACACACACAACUGCCUACCAGCUUGGUCUAAUCUUACUCUCCCACCUUUAACAUCUUUGUGAUGUGUCUGUAUGGUCACUGCAUGUUGAAUUAAGGUUGUAAACUGCUUCCCGAGUUCGUAUCCACAAAUUAAAUGGGAUUUUUUAAAUAGA